GUCUCGCCAGCAGCAGCUCGCCCAGGACAGUGCAGGGAGCAAAGAUGGAUGAUGACAUGGAGGAUGAAAUUAUCUACGAACUGUUCACAGCACACGCACACAUCCUGUGGAGGUACCUGGGCGUGACUACAGCAGGUUUAAUUGAGCUGGUCAUCCCAGGCCCAGGGGAGAGCAUGAAGAUGAAGAUCUUCCAGCCCGGGCCCUUCAUGUUCCUCAUUUUCCUGGUGAUUGUGGCCAGCGUUGUGCUCCAGAGCAGCAGCCAUCUCCUGAGGCAGUGGAUGGUUCGCCUGUGCUGCGUGCUAGGGCUCAACUCCGUCACUGACUCCGGGCCUCAAGAGCUUUGGGGGCAUAGAGCUUGUGACGGGUCAAUUGGCUCGGAUAACGUCUCGUGGGAAUUCAAGGAUGGCAUUGUGGGAGUCUACAGCAUGCAAGGGCGACGAGGCAACAUGGAAGACAGGUUUAGUGUGAUCCAAGACGAAGAUGUUGGGGAAAAGAAAAUGUCUUUCUUCGGAGUUUUUGAUGGCCAUGGAGGUCAGUGUUUAGAAGACGCUUGCAUAUUUGCUGCCAGGCUUCUGCAGAUCGGCAUGGCCUCCGCAUCUUUGAUCAUUGAUCAGAGCAGCUGUCACGCUGUCAGUGUAGCUUUCUCAAAGUGCCAAAAGAGGGUUACAGCAGAUGCAGUGUGUUACUGUGGCAAUUAUGGAAGUGAUUACAAUUACACAGCAGAAUUUGUCAAGGAUCACCUGUUCAAGAACACUAUAGAGAAGAUCAAGCAACUCCGCUCCCAGGCCAGCGUUGGCAAGAAUGGAAAUAAUAACAUCCCUGGAACCAGCAGCAAGAAUACAAAUGGAAAUGGGAAGUCCAGCACCACAACCAGCAAGAUAUCGACACCAAGCAGCACCACAGCCACUUCGAACACUGUUAACAAAAAGUCCUCGUGUAGCAGCACCAGCAGCAGUGAGGCUGAAAGUGCCAAGAAAAGCAGUGUGACUGUGCCAGCGGGAAAAAUAGAGGAGGCAGGUGCUGAGAAAACUGCAGAGAGUGGCAGCAGUAGCAGUACCAGUGAUUCUGAGGGUAACAAUAAUAGUCAGUCUGACACUAGACCAUCUCCCAACCCAGUAGUGGGUCCAUCUCUUCUUCCUCAUCCUCAUCCUCAUGCCUUGCCUCUACUUCGGCCAAGCCGGCAGGACCCUGAGGUGUCCUCCAAGAAGGAUGAUCUGUACAACAGUGUGAGCCUUAAGAAACGCAACUCAGCAGUAGCAGCAGUAGCAGCCAGUCUUCUGGGUACAUUGACAGUCAAAAGAACAUAAACUACACGAGAUUAUUAACAGACCAAAUCAUGGCUGUAGACAAGCAAGUAGUGCAGCAUUGCAAGAGCAGGACAGACAUGUCAGGCACAACAGCAGUAAUUGCCUUGUUGGAUGGUGAGCUGCUGGUUAUCGGCAAUGUGGGCGACUCAAGAGCAGUCAUGGGUGACCUCAAGGGAUCAACCAUUCCACUCUCCUUUGAUCACAAGCCUAACCAGCUGAAGGAGAGACGACGAAUCAAGGAAGCUGGAGGCUUUAUCACCUUCUCAGGUGUUUGGCGUGUGGCAGGCAUUCUGGCAACCUCCCGUGCCCUCGGAGAUUUCCCCCUCAAGGAACCUCGCAAGCUGGUCACAGCCGAGCCAGACGUCCUCACAUUCAGUCUUCGUGAUCACAAGGCACACUUUGUCAUCUUGGCCACGGAUGGGCUGUGGGAUGUGUUUAGCAAUGAGGAGGCGGUAGCGUAUGUGCGCGACCACAUCCACGAGUCGGACUUUGGCGCCAAGUCCUUGUGCCUGAGUGCUUACUACAGGGGCUCACAGGACAACAUCACUGUUGCCAUCCUCAACAUUGACAAGUUGGGCUUGUGAAUGAUGCAUUCAUUCUUCUUCAUCAUUUCCGUA